CCUACUGCUUGCUGCAUCAUGAAGCCUGCUGAGUUGGGAUUUCUUCUAGGUCUCUUCAUCUUCUUCUUGCUGACUACCCCAUUAAUGGGUGGUGUUGCUAGAGUUGCUGAAAGGAUAUGUGGAGAUCUCAAAGACCCCUGCAAAAUGGAAAUGAAUCCUGGCAGCUGUUUUGAAAUUCACUUUAGAUAUUUCUACAACCGAACCUCCAAAAGAUGUGAAAGUUUUGUCUUCUCCGGCUGUAAUGGCAACCUUAACAACUACAAGCUUAAAAUAGAAUGUGACAUAGCCUGUGUUGAAGAAUACAGAAAAAGAACCCCAAAGUAAAAGAUCGAAGUUGAUCCAUCAUUCUGAAACACAGCUGUAAGAAAAUUCAAACCAAUUUUAAGACCUUUGUGAUACUUCCAUAAUCCUGGAAACUUCUGUUUGCUAUUUUCAUAACUUUACUUUUAUCUUUCCUGAGAAAUAACUGUACGGCAAUUAAAAUGAAAGCAACUUUGUGUCAGUCUUUCCUACUCUCUGAAAGAUCUCUCCCCAACCUUAUCCAGAGUUGAAUGCCAGCCCGUUCCAUCCUUAGCUGCCCUCUCCCCCAUUGAAUCAUUUCUUAUACAUUCACACAAUGUUCCAGGUGUGAUAAACCAGAUCUCUAAAGGUUUGUAUCACCUCUCUUCUCAGGUUGAACUAUUUAGUAGAACUAAAAUACCAAACUUGUGCUCCUUUUUGCCCAUGAAACUAAAAUAAGCACUCACAUUCACAUGAAAUAAAUGUCCUUGCACUCAUGA